AUGGCGAGCGUCUUGAGAACGUCGGUACGGCGAUUUGCUACAUCUGCAGUCCGCGCCGCCGCCGGAACGUCUACACCUGCAGCUACUAAUAAUGCCUAUGGGAUCCGCGUGUCUCAAGCUCAGGGAGUAGUUGAUCAAUUGACUGGAGCAAUCGGCAACACCCCCUUGAUCCGGCUUCGACACCUCUCCGAACAAACGGGCUGCGACAUCCUCGGUAAGGCCGAGUUCCAGAACCCCGGCGGCAGCGUCAAGGACCGGGCGGCGCUGUACGUGGUCAAGGACGCCGAGGAACGAGGGCUGCUGAAACCGGGCGGCACCGUGGUCGAGGGCACGGCGGGCAACACGGGCAUCGGGCUCGCGCACGUGUGCCGGGCGCGCGGGUACAGGCUGGUCAUAUACAUGCCUAACACGCAGUCGCAGGGCAAGAUCGACCUGCUGCGGCUGCUGGGCGCCGAGGUGUACCCCGUCCCCGCGGUCGCGUGGGAGAACCCGGACAACUACAACUGGCAGGCCAAGCGGCACGCGGAGCGCGUGCAGGCCGAGGACCCGGGGCGGGGUGCCGUGUGGACGAACCAGUUCGACAACGUCGCGAACCGCCGCGCGCACAUCGAGACCACGGGCCCGGAGAUCUGGGCGCAGACCCAGGGGAAGAUCGACGCCUUCACGUGCGCCACGGGCACCGGGGGCACGCUGGCCGGCACGACGCGGUACCUCAAGGACGUGAGCGGCGGGAAGGUCAAGUCGUUCCUGGCCGACCCGCCGGGCUCGGUGCUGUACUCGUACGUCAGCUCCGGAGGGCAGUUGAAGGAACGCCAGGGCGGGAGCAUCACCGAGGGCAUCGGCCAGGGCCGGGUGACGGACAACCUGAGGCAGGAGGUCGGGGAGCUCGACGGCGCCCUGUCCGUGUCGGACGAAAAGACGAUAGAGAUGGUGUACAGGUGUCUGGACGAGGAGGGCCUGUACCUCGGCGCGAGCAGCGCCUUGAACGUCGUCGCGGCCAAGGAGGUCGCAGAGAAACUGGGCCCCAACCACACCGUCGUCACCGUCCUGUGUGACGGCGCGUACAGGUAUGCCGAUCGGCUGUUCAGCGAGAAGUGGUUGGAGAGCAAGAAGUUGAAGGACGCCGUGCCCGAUCGGUUGAGAAAGUAUAUCGUUUUGCCUUGA